UUUAGCUUUUCUUCUUACAUCGAAUCCAAGCCCUAAGCCAAUUCAAUCGUGCGAUAACGGGAAGAGGAACCAUUUUUGUCUCUGCAGAUCGGAGCCGCGCUUGUAAAAUAAUUCCAAGAAAGUUGAAGUUGCGGGCUCAGAGGAGAGGAGAAGCAUGUACCAUCCGACCAGAGGUGGAGUUCGCGGUGGCCGUGAUCAGUUUAACUGGGAUGAUGUAAAAGUUGAUAAACAUCGGGAAAACUAUUUAGGCCACAGUAUUAAGGCACCUGUUGGAAGAUGGCAGAAAGGGAAAGACCUCCACUGGUACAAUCGUGACAAAAAAUCUGAUGGUCCAAAUUCUGAGGCCAUGAAAGAAGAGAUCCGAAGGAUCAAGGAAGAAGAAGAGCAAGCAAUGAGGGAAGCUCUCGGCCUAGCUCCAAAGCGUGCUACAAAGUCCACCGGUAAUCGACUGGAUAAACAUGAAUUCGCUGAACUUACAAAGCGUGGGUCUACUGCAGAAGACUUGGGAGCUGGUCACGCUGAAGCAGCUCGGGUUCAAGGACUCGGUUUUGCGAAGGGGCCUCAUCCUCCAGAAGAAUCAAGUCUGCCUGCGGUUCUGAAUACCGAAUCAGUCAACAAGGCAAACAUCCCAAUUCCAUCAUCCUCGUCCGUGAAGAACGAACAAGAUGAUUCGGAAGAUGAGAGUAGCAAAAAGAAGAGGAAGCGCGAGGAGAGGAAACUGGAAAAGCGCAAGGAGAAGAAACGGGACAAAGACAGGCAUGAGGAGCGGCGUUCUCGCGAUUCUGAUGACAGGAGGAAGCACAAGAAACACAUGGAUAAGAGAAGACAUGAUUCGGAGUGAUUGAUUGAUUGAUUCCUAUAAUAAAUCAUGUCCGGAUGGUUACAACUCUCGUAUGUCUCCUCCUAUUUGUAUUUGUAAGUCUAAAUGCUUAAUUGUCUUGUGCUGCUAUAUUGAGGUGGGGUAUUAUUACAGCGCUGAACCACUUUUUACCAUUUGUGAAACUUCGGUGUGUUUACUUGUCA